UUUCCUCUCUUCACCAACUUCCUUCCUGCUCCAACUGCCAAAGCUGAAAGCUCAGCGCUGAGAGCGGAGGAGGACCCCAGCCGCAGGCGCCGCUCAGCUGCUGGAAGGAGACAUGAUCCGUGCGUGAAGUGAGCUGUUCCUGGGAGCAAGCACUGGAAAUGCCAGCAGCUUGACUCUAGCAGAACAAGCGACCAUGACUGAGAAGACCCAAGAACCUCAUGUGGAGGAAGAUGAUGAUGAGCUGGAUGGGAAACUCAACUACAAACCCCCUCCUCAAAAAACACUGCAGGAGCUGCAAGAGUUAGACAAGGAUGAUGAAAGCCUUGCUAAGUACAAGAAGUCCCUGCUGGGAGAUGGACCUGUGGUAGUAGACCCAACAGCUCCCAAUGUGGUGGUCACCCGACUCACCCUGGUAUGUGACUCUGCUCCAGGACCAAUCACUAUGGACCUUACAGGUGACCUUGAAGCACUCAAGAAAGAGACCUUCGUAUUAAAGGAGGGAGUGGAAUACAGAGUUAAGAUCCACUUCAGAGUAAACAGGGACAUUGUGUCGGGACUGAAAUAUGUGCAGCACACCUAUCGGACAGGAGUGAAGGUGGACAAAGCCACAUUCAUGGUUGGCAGCUACGGCCCACGGCCAGAGGAGUAUGAGUUCCUGACGCCUAUUGAGGAGGCUCCUAAGGGUAUGCUGGCUCGAGGCACCUACCACAACAAGUCUUUCUUCACAGAUGAUGACAAGCAUGACCAUCUCACCUGGGAGUGGAACCUGUCCAUCAAGAAGGAAUGGACAGAAUGAGUUCAGCCCAUUUGCCUUCCCCCUUCCCAUCCCCUUGCCUCCUGCACCAGUCUCCAGGUGGGCCAUGCCCACCACGCUGCUCCUUCCUGCCACCAUGGCCAGCCACAGCCCUGGUAGCCCUUUCCAUGGGUUCCAGGGCUCUGUGCCAGCCUUGGUUGAUGCACAGGCCUGCAGGUGGCCUUUACUGCUUCUUCUGAUACACUGAAAAUAAUCUGCCCAUUCUCACCACUGCCCCAUCAUGACAAAUAAUGGAUUAAAUUGGGAGGCAUCUCCCUCCCUCUCUCCCAGUACUUCCUUCUGCUGCCUCCAUCUCUCCUGUACCAACUCCGGUCCCGGAAGUGCCUUUUCUAGGAAACAAGAUCACCUGGCAGGGCGGACUGGUCCCUGGAAAAUCCAUAUCUGAGUUACACUUGCCAUGUGCUCUGACUCAUUGUAAAUGGUUGCCUCCUCUGAUGGUCUCCUGGUCUGUAUCUGGUGCCCUACCCCUUUAAAAUCCAUCCUUGUGCAGGCAAAGCCAGUCAGGGGGAAUGCAGCUAGAUGCUGUAACAAGAUUUCAGUGUCCCAAGAAUAAACACAGUUUCUUUCUUCUUUUCUG